GUGCAAUGUAACUGUGAUUUUACGGUGCCCAACUCGCGACACCUACCGAAAUUGCAAUGCACUAUCUGUCGUACACGAGUUCGUGGUUUGGUAUUUCUGUGCGAACAAUGCAACCACGGUGGACAUAUGGACCACUUGUCUCAAUGGUUCCGAGGCUCGUCGCCUCGUCAAUGCCCUGACCUAAAUUGUCAUUCUUACAUACCUGUUGGUGGUAGUUGGUUGAUUGUCCAACCCUCAGAUGAUUCUUUUCCAGCAUUGGAAGUGGAAUUUUGGUUGAAUUGUUUUAUCCCGCGUUCAUCUUUUCCAAUUUGUGCUGAUGCCUGUCAAACCGGGUGA